AUGUCAGAAGCAAAGCCCCCGCAGAAGGGCUCCGUGCUCAGCAACAUUGACAAUCCUGCUGACGCUCCCAGCCCCCCGGCCAUUCCACCAGACCAAGGCCGUUCGCAUUCGCCAGACGAAAAGAUGCUUCCCAACGACUCAAAGGACGGCGCCGAUCUGCACAACAACUCCAAGGAUACUGAGCCCGAAGCCAAGAAGCGAAAGCGUUCUCAACGCGCUUGCAUUCGCUGCCGAGGUCAGAAGCUCAAAUGUGACGGCGUCUUCCCCUGCGCGCGAUGCCUAAAGCUGAAGCUUGUGUGCAAGGAACCAUCCGAGGCCACCUCGGGAACCCCCAACUCCAACAGGGCUCAUCCGGACGACAGAGAAGGCAAGCCCAAUAGCGGAUCCUUUUCCUCCUCGGGCUCCACUCGCCCUCAGUCGCAGGCUUCCAUGCAUCUAACCGUCAGCGGUCUCCCAUCGCACUCAACAGGACCCCCACCUUUCGGUUCUGCUGGCUCCGACGGCGCCUUCAUGGGUCACGUCCGCGCUACAAACCAUAUGCAUCCGAAUGCUCACCAUCGCGACAACUUCAGCCAGCGCCCACCUUCGGAUCGAUUUGGCUACUCUUUGCCUGAUGCAGUGCGACGAAUUGACAACCUCGAGCGCACCGUCUCUCGCUUGGUGGACAAAGUCGAAGGUCAGUCGUCCUCCUUCGAUCGCGGCGACCGACCUUCCACCUCCAGAUCCGGCGUAUCACCCGGCAAGCCAGAGCGCAAGAGGCCCAGAGCCGACUCGCCCGAUGACUCGGAUGCAGAGGUCGACGAGCUCCAGGACGGCGCUUCCGAAGCAAGUAUUCCGCUUCAGGCCCUGUCGCAGCAGGACAGGCUCAGCAGUCGCGAGAGGCCGACCACCGCAAUUGAAGAGCGCUUUGCACCGACACGGGCAUCCAACGACACCAUUGCGCCGCUCUCCGCCUCUUCGGUUGUCACCGGACAUUCCUUCUCCAACGGCGGCGCAAGAUACGGACCAGGCAACAAUCCCAUUGAAGCAGGCUUCAUCACCAUCGAGAUGGGACAGAUGCUCCUUGAGGUCUUCCUUACCUAUUGCCACGUCUUUGCCCCCUUCCUCGACCUCGAAGACAAGACAAGCGUAGCGUCGCUCUCAGCUUCCGAUCCCUUUCUGCUCUCUGUUAUCCUCGCAGUCGGAGCGCUGUAUCAAGAGUCGCAUGCCAAGGGUGAUCCAACAAUACGCUCAGAGAUCCAGGGCGGAUUGGCUUCUUAUGCGCUCAGUCAGCUCGGCACUCAGCUUUGCUCGCCAGAGCCCACCAUUAGCACUGUGCAGGCCAUCCUUCUUAUCGCUUACUGGCCACAGGCAUUCCCCGGCACCCCCGACGAGAAGCUCUUGGCGAGCCACGCGUCCGACCUGCUUCAGAGCGUAGCUCAAAGCGCGCAGGUAGCAGCGCUCACCGGGGAUCGAGCCGCCGCCGUUCUCUCGUCACGUCUGCCGACAACCUGGACCGCCUUGAAGGCGUUCGAGUCGCUGGCUGCUAUCGACACAGGCAAGGGCAUGGAGCUCACCGACCACGACCUCGUUCUCUCCAAAGCGCCACGACCGCCGCGCAGCUCGAUACCUGCUCCUUAUCUCGUCAGAGCCGUCUCGGUCCUCAAAGAGCUGCAGAUGUGGUUGGGCGAGAUCUCUUGCAACUCGCCACUGCCGUUGGCUGAGCUGCCGCCGCCGACUGUUCGGACGAACCUCACCCACGAUUGGGAUCGCUUCAAGUAUCUUCAGUCCCAGCUUUUCGAUCUGGAGAAGCGCUGGCUUGCCUCCGAGACCGACUGUAGCCGACUCGAAAGGAUCGUUGGUCUGGUCGAUCGAUGGACGCUCCAGAUCUAUCUCGCAGCUGUCGCGCUCAAGUCUGCUGAUCUUGGACGCCCUUCGAAAGCGGGCAAUGGCUACGAUGCUCGAUACGAAGAAGAGUCAGCACGAUUCGUCGCAGCUUAUCAACACGACAUUCGCCAGGCGUGCCAAGUGCUCAUGGACAUCUUUACUGACCCGGAGAUCAGUGGUGCGCUCCUGUACGCUCCCGGCUACUUGCUUCGUCGUUUCGGGCAAGCCGCUGUCGCAUCUUCGCUCAUCGUCGACUUCCACGACGCCGAGAUGACGCGAUCAGCACAGGAGCUCAUCUACCUCUGCAGCAAGCGCUUCGAUCAACUCGGUCAGAUCGACUUUUCGCCCUUCGCAGCGCAGCUGUCAUGGUUCGUCAAGUCCAGCUACGAAAAGGUCGGCGGUCGCUCAACCAGAGGCGAGCGCGACGCAUCGCUCGAAGCCUCGGCACCCAGCUCUCUCUCUGCCAUCGACCGCCGAAGGUGGCUCGGCGGCGAUCUCUUCACCAUCUUCUUCGGCGUCGGCCUGGCCCUUGACUCGGCUCACAACGCGCCGCACGCUUUCUGA